UGUGUUGCUUCGGUUCAACGUCCAUUGGCAACCUAAAAGUGUCAGCUAAACAUGAAUUGAACGAUGCUUAUGUAUAGACACUGGAUUACAAAGAAAAUCUUUUUUUUUUUUUUUAAGUUGAAAUGAUUUAAAAGUUUCUAAACAAGAAAAAUUCCACUCAAGCUGUGGUAGAACUUAGAAAAUUUGUUUGACAUUUGAACCUGGGUCCUCAAGUUUUGAUUGCUGAAAACUUCACUUGCCACUGUGCGAAUAAGAUAACUGAAGCCAUUUUGAAUACUAUUCCAACUAGCAUAUUAUUAGAGAUAUUUAUUAGCUAGUGGCAGAUAUAGGUUUAUUGUAUUAAAGAGUGUAGCAUGGCAAUGGUUUACUUUCUUAAAUGGCGGGAUACUAGUACCGAGUGUUCGGAGCGGUUUGUUUAUGAAAUUCUUCCUUUAAUUUAACUAAUUUUAACAGUUAAUACAUUGGAACAGCAUAGUGAAAUGCCGCAUCCAUGUCCUAGACCUUGUGGUCGCCUAGCCACAGCUGUUGUUUUCGUAUCAAUUGGUGUUGUACAGUUCAUCGCUGGUCUCAUUCUUUUAAAAUCAAAAUAUGUGUAUCUCUUGUCAGGCCCUGAUUUUUGGACUGCUGCUUCGAAUUUCGCUGUCGGUGUUUUGCUCGGUGUGUCUGCCAGUGUUUGGAAGGAUGUUCAAAGGACGUCAUUCAGGCAUAUUGUUAGACGCAAUAUCCUUGCAUCUCUAGUGGCUUCAGCUAUCAUUAUAAACUCCACAACAGCAAUUAUUUUGAUUCUUGGCGAAGGAAAUGCUCUGCUUUCGAUUCAGUUAGAGAACGAUGGCAAAUAUUCAUCUGCUAGUGAAAUUCUUGCUUACUCCUAUGCUACUUCUGUCUGCUCUCCCAUCGUAUCUGUAGUUGUUGCUUUCGUCUUUCUCUCAGGGAUGUGGUUCCGGGUAAGCGACAAAGGAUCGAAGACCCCCGAAAUAAAAAGUAUUUUAAAAAAGAAUAGCUUUAGUGAUUAUAAUUGGGUUUUCAAAGAAAAACCAAGUCCUACCAAAAAGGACUCAAAAACUUUGCGCAAAGAAUUAUCAUUCAAAUCGCUUUCAUCUUCCUCAGAUGACGAAUCCUUCAGCUUGACUGAUGCCAAAUUGUGGUCAAAUUCCGUUCGUUCUAUUGAGUUUUUGAACACUUCAUCACGAAGAGAAUCCCAUAGAUUAGACAUGCUUCGUCAUAACAGGGUCCAACAAGAAUUAACUUGUGAAUGCGGCGAGCACGUCAAAAACACCCCGGAAAGUAUUCGACGUGAUUUAAGUCGUGUAUCUUUCAUUGAUGAUGGGAAGUAUUUAAAAUAUUCUCCACAUACUUCUCGGAGCCAUCUUGAAUUCGAUAGCCCAUUUCAUUCAGAUCGUAACAAAGCAGGAGACAAAAAUGUCAGCUCUCUGAGCUACGCAGAAUUUAAAAAGAUGCAUCGGCAUUUCGAAAAUUCAAAACAGCAUCGCAAGAAAAAAAGAAUGCUGCUAAUGGAACAUCCAGCCUUUCAGAAAACUAAAUUUCUCGAGGAUGAUAUAAAUGCGCAAAAUCUUCAUAAACUUGUUUCGCCAGAAAUUUAUAUUCCUCGAGCUCGUGCUAGAAUGGCUAGCAAAAACAAUUUGACAUCUUCUGUAGUAUCUGAAGUGAAAGCAGAAAUGCAUGUGGAUCCCAAAGGUCAAGACCUGGUUGAUGAUGGAAAUUUUCCAAACUCGCCAGUUGUUCACUAUGUAGGCGAUGUUCCCUCUUGCGAUGCUUCAAUUGAAACUACACGUAACAAAAAUGCAACAUUUCAGAGAGCCUCCACUUUCAAGCAUUUGAACAAUUCAGAUGCAUCACAACCAAAAGGUAAUGAUUCCGUCAACAGAAAAGUUUACAGAACGUCUACCGCUGAUCCAAAUUCAUCAAAGAUUUCUCAACUUGAUAUCUCGGAUAUUCAAACUGAUUCUGUAAUUGAUCAAAAUGAAUCCUAUAAAUCUAUAGAAGAAAAAGACAUAUCACUUGUCGCCAGCACACAACCUGUUAUUUCGCAGAUGGAUUCUAAUACUGAAUUAGAUGAUUCUUUCAUUGAUGAACCCCAAUCAAAUGCAUUAGCUGGGGAAGUUGUGAAAGUUCAUGUUAAUUCCUUACCUCGUACUCGGUUCCAUUCCAAAUUGAUUCCAGUACCCAUCCCUGUAGUUUCCAGUAUUAAGAAAAAUCCCUUGAAGCGAAAACAAAAAGAAUCAACUAUAAUGGCGAUAGAUAAUUUGUCUGGUAGAAGCGAACUUAGUUUUUCUUCAUUUCAUGGUGAUCUCAAACCAAAGAAUCGAGACGAUCAUCAUCACAUUCAAACUGAUAAGGGGAAUCAAAAGCAUAAAGCCGUCAAUGAUGUGACUGUUUGUGAAAUGUCACCUGACGAUAAAAUUCCGCCAUCACCUGCUCACACCUCUGGAUACGAUUCUGCCAUCUUCGAAAGCACUCAUUUGUCAAAUUCGGAAUGCUUCAAGCCAAACAUAUCAAGUUCUGAGACAAACAGUCCUUAUUACACACCGAAGAAGAAAUUCCUAAAUUUCCCAUCCCCAAGAAAACUGGAUGUUGUGCAUAUAGAGGCGUCGGAAUAGAUAGUGACCGACAUAAUCAAUACAGAGUGGGAAAAACAGCUGAAAACAUGAAAAUUCUGUUUAUAAUUUGCCAA